AUGCCAUCUCAACAAGAAAAGCAACAACAUUUAUCUUCUUAUUUACCUCCCUUUUCUGGUUGUUUACUAAACUUUCAGCAGCGAAAAAGAAGAAAAAGAAGAUUAAAUAAAAAUAAUCAAAUAAUUAAUUCUUUUCAAUCUAAUUUUAAUAUUUUUCUCUAUUCAUCCUCCUUCCCCACAACUUCCUCCUCCUUUUCUCCCUUGUAUUCUAUUUCCAAAUCUUCACCAUUUUAUUCCUCAUAUUCUUCCUUCCCUUUGUCUUUUUCAUCUUCUUCAUCAUUAUUCCCCUCUUCUACAUCAUCAACUCCUUCACCAAACUUCUCUUGCCGAAUCCAUUCAUUCCCCAGCUUGAUCUCAUUUUACAUCAACUUAAUUUUCCUCAUUUUACUUCAAAUAUCAUUUACAUGGUCAUUCCCGACAAACCAAAAAAUGUCAAAAAAUGGCAACAUUAUUCCAGAACAGCAGCAAAAUUAUCUUUUAUCAAUCGACAAUGUCGACAAACUCUUUAAACGGGCUGCAAUUUUCACAAUGUUGAAAGCCAAAGCACGAGCAUCUUUAUCUGAAGUUCCACAAGUUGAACGUAUUUUAUUUAAUCAAUGUUUAAGUGAAUAUAAACUUGAACAACUAACACCUGUACUUUAUGCAAAAUGUUUAGUUAAACUGAUUAAAGCAAAAAAUCGUUUGAAAGAUGCCUACCGUAUGACUGAGGGAAAUAAAGAGAGAGGUGAAUAA